AGUUGAAGCAGAACAGAGCAAACUGUGAAAUGAAAGAAAGCAGAAAGAGAGGGUACCCUUCUCCUUCGUCACCUUCUUCAGCUUCUCCAAUUUCGAACAACAAACGCUCCAAUUUCACUUCCUUCCAAGACAUUCCAAACCUUCCAUCCAACACCAAAUCCCUCUGCCACAUCAUCGCCACCACCCCUUCCCUCUCCGUUGAACAAACCCUCCAAGAUUCGGGCAUUUCGGUCACCGCCCAAGAAGUCGAAAUUGUUCUCAAACUCUCUUACGGGUUCCCCGGUCAGGCCGUUAAGUUCUUCCGUUGGAGCGCUCACCAACUCAACCACAACCUCACCCCUUAUUCAUGGAACCUCGUUGUUGAUAUCUUAGGUAAAAAUCGUUUCUUUGAUGCAAUGUGGGAUGCUAUUAAAUCAAUGAACAUUAAAGGGUUGCUUUCACUUGCCACAUUUGCCUCUGUUUUCGGUAGUUAUGUCGCCGCCGGCCGUCUUCGUGAGGCCAUUAUGGCGUUUGAGGUUAUGGAGAAUUAUGGAUGCGUUAGGGAUGUUGUUGCUUUGAAUUCCUUGUUGAGUGCUAUAUGCAGGGAUGGUAGGACUAUUGAUGCUUGUGAUUAUUUGCAAAUUGCUAAGAAUUUCGUUAGGCCGGAUGCAGAUACUUACGCGAUUUUGAUGGAGGGGUGGGAGAGUGAGGGUGAAAAGGGUGUUGUUGGUGCUAAGGAGAGUUUUGCUGAGAUGGUUAUUGAGAUUGGUUGGGAUCCAGUUAAUGUGGCGGCAUAUGAUUCGUUUUUGUGUACAUUGAUUAAGGGGCCAGAUGGGUUGCUUGAGGCUAUUAAGUUCUUUGAUUCAAUGAGAGAUAGGAGCUGUUACCCUGGGAUGAGGUUUUUCAAGGUUGCAAUGGAUGAGUGUGUUAAGCAACGUGAUGUUCGGACAGCCGAGUUUUUUUGGGAGGUGAUGGUGGGGAAGACUGGAUUGCAACCCACCACGCAGAUUUACAAUUCGAUGAUUGCUUUGUAUUGCUAUUGCAGUGAUACAGAUGCUGCUAGGAGGAUGUUGGAUGAGAUGGUUUAUAGAGGGGCUUUUCCAGAUGUGCUUACUUAUAACUUGUUGUUUCAGUUCUUGAUCAAGGGAAGGAAAUUGCGUGAGGCUUCGGCGGUGUUUGUUGAGAUGGUGAAAAAUGAGUGUGUUCCAGACCAAGCUAAUUGUGAUGCAGCUGUUAGAGUUUACUUGGAUAAUGCGGAUCCUUUUAUGGCAAUGAAAGUUUGGAAAUGCUUGCUGGAGAAUUAUGAUAAGGAUUUGGAGCGUACAGCAAAUUUACUGGUUUUAGGGCUUCGUGAUCAAAAUAGGCUCCCUGAAGCAGUUAAGUAUGCUGAGGAUAUGAUUGGCAGAGGAAUCAAGAUAUCCUCUUCCACAUUGUCUAAGCUGAGACAAAGCCUGCUCAAAGAAAGAAAAGAAUUUAUGUAUGAAGAACUUUUGAGAAAGUUGAAAUCUAAUUAAGCAUUUUGGUGUUUGCCAAAAUUGCAUAGCUUAAUACUAAU